UGAUGUGAGUUUCCCCCCACAGGCAGUGAUGGCCAGUGAACACAACAAUGGAGGGUGGAAGGCAGUUAACAACUUCCUCUCCAGAGCAAUGGGGUGGCUACCGGCGCGGGUAGCCCUGGCUACACUAGCAUGGCUAGGCUUCAUCAACCUACACAUGGCUCGUGUCAACCUCUCUGUUAUUAUCGUGGCUAUGGUCAAGAGGAACACCUCCCACACCGUCCAUGCUCAGUGCCACGCUGCUGACAAUGGCACUCUCGAUGGCGCUGAGGACGAUAUUAGGCGCCAUCUGAGUGACGACAUCACCUAUGGAGACGAAGAGGACGCGGAGUUCGAGUGGGACGUGACCACACAAGGUCUAGUACUGGGCUGCUUCUACUACGGCUACGCCAUGACUCAGGUAGUGGGUGGUAGACUGGCAGAGGUGUAUGGUACGAAGUGGGUGUUCGGUGUGUGUGUGCUGGCAGGUGGUGUGGGCAGCAUACUCUCUCCCCCAGCUGCUAGACUACACUAUGGUGCCCUCAUCGCUCUCAGGGUUGUACAGGGACUCAUACAGGGUGCGUCAUGGCCCAGCAUGCAUGCCUGCGUCGCUCGCUGGAUACCUCCCCUCGAGAGACCCAGGUUUAUAGGCAUUGUUUACUUCGCGUCUACGUUGAGCACAGCAGUGACUCUACCCCUGAGUGGCCUCGUUAUUGACUCUUACGGGUGGGCCGCUGCCUUCUACGUGACAGGGUCCUUAUCCCUCGCCUGGUGCCUUCUCUGGUUUUCCACUAUGUAUAACUCCCCAGCGGAACACCCCAGGAUCAGCAGGAAGGAACUAGCAUACAUCGAAGGACGUCUGAGGAGCUCAGGAACGAGUGAGAGGCAGCAGCCAGACACCAUCCCAUGGAGAGAUAUAGUCAGGAGCCUGCCUGUCUAUGCCAUUGUGGUGUGUGACAUGGGCAACUCCUGGGGCCUCACACUUUUCCUCACCCAGCUGCCAACAUACAUGAAGAAUGUCCUGGGAUUCUCCAUUAAAGCGAACGGUGCCCUGUCUGCCCUACCUUUCCUCUCCCGGUACACUGGAGCAGUAGGUGCCAGUACCCUGAGUGACUGGCUUGUACAACAUCAUCAUCUCUCCCUCAUCAAUACUCGCAGAAUCUUCAGCAUCCUUGCAAUGUGGGUGCCAGCGGUGGUGGUGAUAGGUGUGGCAUAUGGAGGAUGCCAGUGGGAGGUGACAGUGGCACUCAUCUGCCUAGCACUGUUCUUUAACGGUGCCAUCACCACAAGUGUCAUCGUCAACUCUACAGACAUAGCUCCUAACCUUUCAGGCACAUUGUUUGGCAUCAGCAACACAUUUGCCAGUAUUAUCUCCUUCAUUGUCCCUGUGGUCACCGGCCUCAUCACUAACCACCAAGUUGGUAACAUUGUGUAGAGUUUAUUAAUGGAU